UCUGGAGCUGGUCAGUUGGCUGGGAGCUGGGUGAACAGCCUGUCCCGUGCUAGAGAGCGACACGUAUGUCGUCUCUGUGGAGCCUGACGGACUGCUGGCAAGUGCGCAGGUACUCGUCGCAGAUGCAAGCAGCGUCGGCUCUUUAACUCACUGUGCUGCUGACGGUGAAAAAGCGGCCAGCAGGUGGAGGAGGAGGAACGCACGAGGAAGCGACCAGGUGGGGAAGUCGUGGGUCGUAGCAUCGACGAGGUGAACACUCGUGGCGAAAGAUGCCGGUGCCAACGGAGAGUCUGGAGGAGACACCCUCCAUGCGGAGAAUAAAUAUCGAUCGACCGUACUGGGAUCAGAGCACCUACCGCGGUAGGGCCCUGCACUUCCUCACGGUAACGAAUCCGCUCAAUAUCUUCGCCACGAAGAAGGAACUUGAGCGCGCGCGCGAGGUCGUCAAGAAAUACAGAGAAAGCGACGACGGGGACCUGGAAAAGUUUGAAAUAGCCGAGAAGGAAUUAUGGCGACACAAAUAUCUUUACGACAGCGCUUUUCAUCCCGACACCGGCGAGAAGAUGCUGCUGAUAGGUCGUAUGAGCGCCCAAGUGCCCAUGAACAUGCUGAUAACCGGCUGCAUGAUGACGUUUUACAAGUCCACGCCGGCCGUGAUAUUCUGGCAAUGGAUCAAUCAGUCGUUCAACGCUAUAGUGAACUACACGAACCGCAGCGGCUCCAACCCGAUCUCGACGGAGACGUUGACCCGGAGCUACGUCGGUGCCACCGGCGGCGCCGUCAUCACGGCGCUGAGCCUGAAUCGUCUGGCCCAGCAUGGGCCGCCAUUGGCGGGCCGUUUGGUGCCUUUGGCGGCCGUCGCAGCCGCUAAUUGCGUGAACAUUCCUCUCAUGAGGAUCACCGAACUGCAGAACGGUAUCGAAUUGCAGAACGCGGAAGGCACGAAGGUCGGCCAGAGCAAGCGGGCGGCGAAGCAGGCGAUCAUGUCAGUCACGUUAUCGCGAAUACUAAUGGCUUCCCCGAGCAUGAUAAUAGCGCCGAUAGUGAUGAAUUACUUGGACCGGAAGCAGCUGUUGCGUAACAUGAAGUGGGCAGCCGGGCCGAUUCAGGUCCUCAUUUGCGGGGUCUGCCUGACCUUCGCGACGCCGCUCUGCUGCGCCCUUUUCGCGCAGCGCGUACCUAUUCCGGUGCAGCACCUGGAGCCGGAGGUGCGUGACAAGGUGUUGGCUUCGCAUCCCGAAUUGGAUACGGUAUACUACAACAAGGGCCUGUGAAGUCGAGUUGGGACUAGAUCCCCCGGGCGAGUUUCCACGAUUACCUCUACGCACGGUCCAAGAGCGCGGCGUACUGUCUUGAAACUCAGGUACAGACGAAGCAUUCCCACGAGAACGCGGUGCUCGACCGAGAGCGCGCGUUCGUUCAUCGGAGAACCUCCGGCAAAGUUCUACGUGGAAUCCGGUUCGAUCCGACGUCGGGCGACUUGAAGCUCCGCAAAACGAUCGACAUUCCGAGCUGUCAUACGGCGAGAAGCCACCGAAUCAUCGAUAUCGCGCCGAUAUCGGUGGAGAUUCUCUUCCACUUCCACCUUCGCGUAUUAUGUAAUUUCGUAAGUUUGAAAAAAUUCAGGGUUAAACGUGAGAACAGGUAACGAAGACAAUAAAAUAUUGUAUGUGUUCCAGUAA